GGAUUCUUUAGGAGUGCUCAUUAGCCAGUCGUGGUGUAGCCUACGGUCAUAUUUUGAAUGGGACCAGAUGAUCAUUCAUUCAAUGCGAGUCAUAUUUAAGGCAAAGCCAUGUCAGAAUCAUGGUGCGGGCUUCGUCCCGUGACAGGACAUCCCGCGCAGGGACAGCAGCCUGGUGACGUGUCAGUGUGCGCGAGCAGCAGGAGAACGGCGCGUGCCUACUGGGGGGCAUUGCUGCUUAUUCUCUUCCCCCCUCAGCGCAGAGUGGACCGACCCACGGAGCAACAGGAAGACAUCUUCUUUCUCCUCCUUCUUCAUCGCUCGGAGCGACUCGGCUCCUCUGCUGGAUGUUUCCACUCUGAGCUCGGACCGCUGUCUGCAGCUGGUUUAAACUGAGGAGAAGCACAGUCUCUCUACAGCAAUGCAAAAGGUGGAGGGACGUGUAACUCCUGUCAACCUGUCAUCUUCCAGGGGCCCAAGCGCUCCAGGGUCUCCGGCCACUGGGAUCAUGGCUCGUCUGAAUGACCAGGUGGUGGGUUACAAAGAUCUGGCAGCACUGCCCAGAGAUAAAGCCAUCCUACAGGUGGAGAGGCCUGACCUGAUGACCUAUCAGCCCCACCUUAGCUUCUCACCACUCGACCCACCACGCAGAGAGCAUUCUCUGUCCCCUCCCGCCAUGUCCCCCUCCGUGUCUCCUGAGGUCAAGGGUCGCAGAGCAGAGAGUGAUAGCGGGUCACCUGGAGGAUCCACGUUGCAGCUGCAGGCGGGACGCAAGAUCAGCAACAGCCUGCAGCAUUUCCAUCGGCCAGAUAAUGGCACCAACAUCUACAGAAAGCCUCCCAUUUACAAACAGGACCAUCACAAACACUCAGAGGGCAGCGGGGUCGUUCAGUCUGCCAAGUUUCCUGCCGCCCAUCCUCCAGACCCCAACCAGCCCUCCAAGAUUGAGACAGAGUACUGGCCCUGCCCACCUUCAUUGGCUGCCAUGGAGAUUGAGUGGAGGAAGAAGAGGCUGCAGGAAGAAGAUGAGUUUGAAGACGUGACAGAAGAAAACCAGAUGCAGCAGGAGCAGGAGCUGGAGAAGAUUAAGUCUAACCUGGGCCGUCUGAUCCUCAAGGAGGAGAAGGAGAAAGGCGUUCACAUCAGGAGGAAGACACAGUCUCUGCCUGAUAGAACACACAUGCACAGUUUGUCAGCUACUACUUCAAAGUCUCCUUCACGCUCUGUCCUGGCCAGAAUGCAGUCAGCAGAGUUUUCCACAGAUGGAGAUAAAGGACAGCCAGCUGCUCAGAAUGGAGAGACCCGGAGAGAGCGCAUGGAUAGAGGGAACUCCCUGCCGAGCAUCCUGGAGCAGAAGAUCUAUCCAUAUGAAGCCCUGAUUGUAACCCACAGAGGGCGCUCUAAGUUGCCUCCUGGAGUUGACCGAACUCGGCUGGAGAGGCAUCUCUCCCCAGAGGAGUUCCAGCAGGUGUUCGGGAUGCCCAUUGCUGAGUUCGACCGCUUGUCGUUAUGGAAACGAAAUGAACUGAAGAAAAAAGCUUCACUUUUCUAACAGGAAGUGACCUCAUCCCCAACCAAUACUUGAUGAACCCUCUCCUCUGUAAGGAUGAGAAGGCAGAGAACAGGCUAUAACUUCAGCCAUUCAAUCAGCCAAUAAGCAGCAAGACCCAUCUCCACCGUACUAACAACCCAUGUCCCAGGAAGUGUUCCGCCCCACAUGGAUCAGUUCUGGUCGGAUCUGACUAACCUUAACCAAUGCUCUGACAUAUUACCAGUGCUGCACUUAUAACCACCACUGCUUGCAAAUCAUUCCUAUAAUAUAUCCUCCACCAUCAUCAUCAUUAAUGUGACAUCUAGCCUCACAGAGUAACACCUCCAGGGGUGGUCUUCUUCAAGAGGGAUCAGCUGUUAUCUUUAGGAUAAACUCAAGGUUUUCUGGUAUCAUGAAGCUCAUGCUAACCUGUGGGUUCCAAAGAGGCUGACUGCUGACCAAUAACAGCUUCCUUCAGGAGUUCCUCAGUAAGUCACAGUAAAGUCUGUUAAACACUUUCUUCUACUGACACUUGGUUUAUCAGCAGAUGUGUUGUUGCUGCUUACUUUCAUUUCCCUUUAUGCUUCUGAUUGUGUUGAUUAUUUUUUAGGUGGUAACAGCUUUAUACAACUGGAGAAGCUGCUUAACGUCUUCCUGCAGAUAUUGUAUCUUAAGCUGCUGUUACACUUUUUUUAUACCGUCAUGUAGCUGGCAUAUUAAAAAUCAUGUUUUACAUGAGUCCAAACGUGAAGAAAUGAACAUCAAGUCCUUCCCCGUGUUGCCCCUGUUUUGUAUAGAGUGUGUAUGUUGGAAUGAAGAGUGUAGAAUGUACAGAGUGCUACUGUGUAAGGACAGAGUAAGUUGUUUUGGAGAUGACGUAACUGUCUUAUUUUACUUCUUUACCCCUUCAAAGAUUCUGCAUACUGAGGUGAGUAAAUCUUCACUACAGAAGAGUGUCUGCAUGGUGCAGCAGGAGAUCAAAUUGAAUUAUUAUACGGAUAAUUGCUGUAUUGAGAAUGACUUGUAUAAAAUUUUGUACAAUAUAUGCAGUGUACAUGGUGUCUCAGAGGUUCAACUCUAAUCCCAUGAAAUAUUGUCCCAAACAGUUGUGGCAAACUCAUCAGACUGUGUGCUACAAUAUUAGAUGCAUAGAGAGGCGAUGUUGGAGCACUACUGAGUUCCAGCUGCAUAUCUUCAUAUGUCACUGAAACACAAGGCAGAUUUGCAACAGUGUGAUGGAUCUAUCAGUGAUUUUAAUUUCAUAUGUGAACUUUCCAGAACCGUAAAUCAUGACUUAACUAUAAAAACCCACAACAUUUUUUCACAGAAACCAAAUGAUUUAUUCAUUCGGAAUAAAAUAUUCCUGAAUUAUCUAAUCACUUCCAGGACAAUAUAUUUUCAGACGGUCAUUCUUUCUUACCCUAACCCUUUUUUUGUAAACCCCCCCCCCCAGCCACAACAGUAUUAUUAUUAUGUGCAUGACUCUAACAUCAUUAAUAAAGGCAAUAUUGUUUAGUUAGUGUUAGCCCAAAGUUAACUGGCUGUCUGAAACUAAAAACUGAACUAUUCAUGAGUAGGAUUGUUUUUUUUUUUUACUUUUCUGAGUAAAAAAUGUUUUAGUUUUUAAACUGUAUUGCUUGUGCUAAAGUUUCCUUCUGAUAUUCCAGACUGGAUGGUUUGGGGAACAUUUCCAGGGAAGAAAGUUCGCUGCAUAUGUCCCUCAAUCUAUAUCUAUUUAUCUAUCUAUCUAUCUGCUCUGCUGUUCAAUUAAAAACCUGCUUCAUGGGUUGAAGUUUGGAAAUGACAACAUAAGCACACCCAGAAAUUCAUUAGUUUGAUGUCUAUUUACUUCCUGUUAGCAACAUAACUGGUAGUCAAAAUGGUUUCAUGCAUCUAUUGGUGGUUUGGAUUUUUUAAAUUAAUCAUAAAGUUUGUUUACAAGUAGGCCUACGUGUAUUUAAAAAACGACGUGGUUUUUUACAUUAACUAAGCCGAGCAACAAACUCUUCAUUUAGAAACAGCUCACAACAGUAGUGAGAGGAAUAAUUAGAAUAUUAAUCUUAUUUAUUUCACCCACAGAAAAAGGUCAGAUCUUCAUCAAAGAACAUUUGCUAAAAAUUUCACUGCAGUGUUUUAAAAAAUGUGGAAAACAAGCCGACUUAUUGUUCAUCGAGGGUCAUAAAUAAGCCUGGAAUUUAGGAUUUAAAAUGCUGUAACUUUUGUGUAACCUCCACAUGUUGGUGUUUGAAAGCUCUUCAAAUGAAAUACAAGUUGUCUGCCUUGUAGGCAAAGGGCGAUGUAAGAUUUAUCUCUGAAAACACAGCACUUCUAGAGCAACUAAUCUUAAUAAAGCUUUAAAGCCACCAUUCAGCCUGUUUUAACUCACAUGAAACAGGGAGCAGCUUCAUGGUACCAGUCCAAUCUCUUCCUGAUCCUGACUGACAGCUUUCUGCUCUGUAACUUGAAUGACAGCUGACUGAAGAGACAACGCCUGUUCAGGAGCUGAUUGGGAUUUUAUUUAUUGCGGGCAGCUUUAUUUAUAGACGUGUUUUUACUGUGAACUGUUUCGGUUGGAGAAUAUAAUUUUUAUUUUAAUGAGCACUGAUGUUAUAAUUCAUCGCUUUAACACUUGGAACGAGCAUUUCUUGCUCCUUAGGGUCUCACUGGUACCAGUAAAGGGCAGUUUUGGUCCCUUCAUCCUCACAGUGCUCAGUUUGUGUCAUAUGACUAAAAUAAAUCUGUUCAAACGAAAA